AGGAGGGAAAAACAUUUUGAGACAUAUAAACCCUAAAUUUGCAAAUUAUGUUGGAGUUGAAGCUUCUGGGGUGUGGAGUGUGGGAAGCAUUUGAACCUAGUCUCAAUGGCGAGGCUUCUUCGGAAUGCUUCCUUCCUGAAAUGCUCUCUAUUCGCUCCGCAGGCUUGUAGAAAAGAAUUAUUAGUAACAUCUUCAAAGAUAUGCAAUUUUUCUACUAGAGGAGAGAUACCAAAUCUCGUCUUAUGCUUGUUUGAAGGUAAAAGGAGAUCUAAAGCAGAUGGAAGUGACUCUAAUGAAGAGAAUUUGUCUAAAAAAGAUCUGGCCCUACAACAAGCAGUGGAUCAGAUCACUACCUCAUUUGGAAAGGGAUCUGUCAUGUGGUUGGGUCGGUCUCUCUCUCCUAAACAGGUUCCAGUGGUGUCUACAGGAUCUUUUUCUCUGGAUAUUGCCCUGGGGAUUGGUGGACUUCCAAAGGGACGUGUUGUGGAGAUAUAUGGUCCAGAAGCUUCUGGGAAAACAACCCUUGCUCUGCAUAUAAUUUCUGAAGCACAGAAACAAGGAGGUUACUGUGUUUUUGUUGAUGCUGAGCAUGCUCUUGAUCCAGCACUUGCUGAGGCUGUUGGUGUAAAAACUGAGAAUUUGCUUCUAUCACAACCAGAUUGUGGUGAACAAGCUCUCAGUCUUGUGGAUACCCUAAUACGGAGUGGCUCAGUUGAUGUUGUAGUUGUGGACAGUGCUGCUGCCCUUGUGCCCAAAGGCGAACUUGAUGGUGAGAUGGGUGAUGCACACAUGGCAAUGCAAGCUAGAUUGAUGAGCCAGGCCCUCCGCAAAUUGUGCCACUCUUUAUCUUUAUCAAAGACAAUUUUGAUAUUUAUAAAUCAGGUGAGGUCAAAGCUAUCCACCUUUGGUGGAUUUGGUGGGCCCACUGAAGUUACUUGUGGUGGCAAUGCAUUAAAAUUUUAUGCUUCUGUACGCCUAAACAUUAGGAGAACAGGGCUUGUCAAGAAGGGAGAAGAGACUAUUGGGAGUCAAGUUCUUGUAAAGAUUGUGAAGAACAAGCAUGCACCUCCUUUUAAAACUGCACAAUUUGAGCUUGAGUUUGGAAAAGGUAUUUGUCUUGAGUCAGAAAUUGUAGAGUUAGGAUACAAACACAAGUUCAUAACAAAAAUUGGAGGUGCAUAUUACAGUAUGAAUGGUCAGAGCUUUCGUGGCAAGGAUGCUAUCAAACAAUACCUUGCUGAGAACACUAACACUAGAGAGGAACUUAUGAAAAAACUCAGGGAGAAGCUGCUUGACUCUGAGGCGGACAAGGAAAAAGAGUUUGGAAUGGAGGCUGUGAAUGGAGACAGCACAGAGGAGAUUAUUUCACCUCAUUUGACUGAUGAAAUAUUAUCUGCUGUUGAGGCAUGAGAGUGCAAAUGACCUUAAAUGGGCAAACUCUCCACAAGCCUAUCAGAAGCUUGAUCUAAAUACCAUUUGCGAUCUGCAGUUGCAUUCCUGAUCAGGUGGUGAUAUUGGGACAGCAUUCAAUCCAUGAUAUCUGGCCCUCCAUGCCUACCCCUGGCAUAAUUUUCCUAAACAAAGGUCUUUUAACAUUAUUGUUGUCAUUACACAUACUUUGCGUCAUUGUAGUACACGGAAGUUUUGGGUUCAGACAGAACAAUUUAUGAAGUGCAAGUUCCUCGUUCUUUUUCUUGUAAUCAUCCACUUAGCUAAUUAUAAAUUGUUCAGCUGCAUUUUGUAUUCUGGUGAAUUGGCCUAUGUAUUUUUGUAGUGUGAAUUCAUGAGGGAAAUGAACAAGACAUGUUUUUUCCCAUAUGUGCUCUUUUUUGUUCAAAAAAUAUAACGCUUUGUUUGUUUC